GGGGCCGCCGAUCGCCCGUCUCUUCCGGUGUCCUGGAGGCAGCGGAGCGGGGCCGACCAUGGUGGGGAAAGUGAAGCGGCUGCGGGCCAGGCUGCACCAGGCCGCGGUGAAAGUGGACGAUCCGGCGGGUGCGGCGGCGGGCCCGGCGGGGAUCGCGCAGGCCGCGGCGUGGAGCGGCACGGAGGGGCAGGAUUGGGACUUCUUGACCUCCAAUAUCUUUGCUGGAACAAAGAUCGACCCCAAAGCGUUGGUUCAGAAAUUGGAUUCGGACACGAGAAGCGUUAUCUCAGUCAAAAGAGGUGCAGAAGCAAAACCCAUUUUGUCCAAGAAAGAAAAAAUGAAGCAGAGACGGGAAAGGUGGCAACAGAAAAUAGAAGCUGUGAAGUUGGCUCAACAGCAGCAUAAAGCUGCGAUGAAGCGGAAAGCCACACCCGUGGUAGGAGAUAUGCAUCCAUUAAUGGAUGCCCUGCCAGAACUCUCGGAACUAAUAACCACCAGUAAAUCCAGGAAACAAAGUAGAGGCGAUGUGAAGAAGAAGGCCGAGCCGACGGAUUUUAAUCGGAUGAAUCCGGCCCAGAAGCGCAAACUCCUGGAGGAAGAAAUGGCCCGGUUUCAGGAGGUCAUAGCCAACCCUUCUUACCGAGCCAACCCGCUCGCCGCCAUCAACGAGCAUCUUUCCAAGAAGAUGAGACAGGAAGAGAUGGAGAGGCCCUAGCAGAAACAGAAGGACCAAAGAGGCGUGCACGGGGCGGGAUGUGGCUGGUAGGAGAGGAAGGCGGCUUGUCCCCUGGCAUCCGAACGCCGAGUUCGGGACAGACUCGGUGUCUUGGGGCAGGCGGGUACCCGUCCCUGCGUCUCGGUUCCCUCACCUCCUCCAACAAAUUGCCCUACCUCACAGGGUUGUUGUGAGGAAUAAUAAAGAGAUAGUGAAGCGCACUA